AUGCUGGAUAAUCUCUUCAUCUUCCCCGGGAAGGACCCGAUGUGGGGCAGGAGCUUCUUGCACGUGCUGAUCUCCUUGCUCGUCAUCAUGCUGGCGGUGCUGAUUGUUACCUACUUCCUCGAGAAGCGCAAGGACGAGACGGGAGAGCAUCCGCUGGAUAACUGGAUCCAGAGCUUACGGGAGGCCUGGCAGACGCUCUCCACUACAUGUGCCGACUGGUGGCAGCAGACUUUCUCUAGGAACGGGACAGAGGCGCAACCGAUUGUGUGA